CACAGGGAAAAAGAGGACAAAAAGGUCAAAGAAAAGGGGAAAACCCGCACGCCAGUCUCCGAGCUGCUGAUAGAUAUGCUUCCGGGAGGCGAGGACGGCAAGCGCCGCGGCGCCACCACCGACGACGACGACGAGGCCGGCGCCACCGCGGCCUCCCUAAACGACCUCAGCGCCACCGCCGGGGCCGCGGGGAACCCCCGCGUGCCCGCGCCGUUCCCGAGGGCGGCGGCCUGGGCGGUCGCGGCGCUGCUCGCGGUGGGGAUCGGGCUCGGCGCCCUCGUCCUCGCCGUCGUGCAGAGCGCCGUGCUGCUCGUCGUCGCGCUGGUCCUCUCGGCGGCCGUAUCCGCCUUCUUCUUGUGGAAUGCCUCGGCCGCGGCGUCCGGCCGCGUGCUGCGGCGAUUCGUAGACGGGCUCCCGGCCUCCAGCCUCCGCGUCGCCGCCGACGGGCAGCUCGUCAAGAUCACCGGUUUCGUUUCAUGUGGUGAUAUUUCGUUAAUCUCUUCAUAUGAGAAAGUGGAGAAUUGUGUAUACACAUCUACGCUGCUGAGAAAGUGUGGUCGAUGGGGUUCUGAGGUGGCAAAUGUUAAGAAUGAUUGUUCCAGGUGGAAGCUGACACACGCGGAGAGGUUUGCUGCUGAUUUCUACAUAACGGAUGCAAAAUCAGGUAAAAGAGCCUUGGUGAAAGCUGGGUACCACUCAAAAGUAGCUCCGUUGAUCGAUGAAAAUGUUCUGGUUACAACUAGUAGAAAUACCGAACUGUCUUCAACAUUGAAAUGUUGGCUGGAAGAAAGAAAUCUUUCUUCUCAAGAAGCUCCGCUUAUUCGUCUUGAGGAAGGAUAUAUCAGUGAAGGAAUGCAGUUGAGCGUGAUCGGGAUUUUGAGCAAGAAGAAUGGAGAUCCCAUGAUAUUUCCUCCACCUGAACCUAUAUCUACGGGUUGUGUAUUGCUGUCUUUUCUCCUUCCAACUUAUUUUGAUGGAAUAGUUCUAAGAUUGGUCGACAAGAGUUAUGUAAUGCCAAAUUCUGGAAUUUCAUGAAAUGCUAUGACAACUCAUGAGAUGUAACAGCUAACAAUUUUAAUGCAAUAACUUUGCCGCCUGAUAUCA